AUGGACAGAAAAAGGCAGAUCAUGCUCCUGGGGAAGACCGGGACAGGAAAAAGCAGCUUGGCCAACACCAUAUUUGGAGCUAAUGUGUUCGCAGUGUCCAACUCCCCAAACUCUAUGACCCAAGUGUGUCAGUCUGCCUCCUACAUGGUCCACGGCAGGCCCCUAACCCUCAUCGACACCCCAGGACUGUUCGACACAGACCGGAGCCAGGCUGCUCAAUAUAAUUCUGAACUGCUGAGGUAUCUGGAAAGUUUUGGCCCAGGACCCCACGCCUUCCUGCUGCUUCUGAAAGUAGAGAGGUUCACGGCUCACGAGCAGGCAACGGUCGACACGAUCCUGCAUCUCUUUUCAGAAGAAGCUCUCCGCUACACAACUAUCGUUUUCACUCAUGGCAAUGACCUCCCCAGUGGCCAAGGAAUUCAUGAAUGGGCUCAAUACAGCCCAGCUUUGAGAAAACUGCUGUUGAAGUGUGGCAACCGCUGCCAUGUGGUUGACAACAGAUACUGGAGCAACCAGCAGGGGGCAGAAUACAGAAACAACUAUAAACAAGUGCAGGAUAUCCUCAACUCUGUCGACCUGGCAGUUCAAGCUAACGGCGGCACACAUUUCACCAGCUCCCUCCUGCGUGAUAGAUCCAUGUGGGAGGGACUCGGUGCUGCGAUCAGCGUAGCUGCGGUUUUGGGUGUGAUGGUUGUGAGCGCCGUAAGGGGUCGGCAAUCCUAA